CCGGGCUUGAUGCGAGUGAUCGAUGUGGAGGCAGUCCGCCAGCCUGCGACAGAAAAACAAGCGAGGAUAGGUCGAGCAGUACAUGGUCAGCCCAUGUUUUAAAAAAAGAAAGAAUAUUUGUGAAACCGGAGGAUAUAGGAGGAUUUAAUGGUGGUUUGUGUGGCUUUUACGCGCGGUUAGUCACUUGUAGUUUGGGUGCGGGGGGGUCUUUAUUGUGGAGAGUGUCGCUGUUGCCCAUUCUCACUGGAGUGAACACUAAGGAGGACUCCAUGAAAGAUGACAGAGGAGGUGAUUGUUGUAGCCAAGUGGGACUACACGGCCCAGCAGGACCAGGAACUUGACAUCCGUAAAAACGAGCGUCUCUUCCUCCUGGAUGACUCAAAGACCUGGUGGCGCGUCCGCAACGCCUCAAACCAAACGGGGUACGUGCCGUCGAACUACGUCGAGCGCAAGAACAGCCUGAAGAAAGGCUCGCUGGUGAAGAACAUCAAAGACACACUGGGUUUGGGAAAAACUAAGAGAAAGACAAGCGCGCGUGAUGCUUCCCCAACGCCAAGCUCAGACACAGAGUAUCCCUCUAACGGCAGCGGGGGCGGAGGUGGAGGCGCCGCUGAAAGAAUCUAUGACCUCAACAUCCCCGCUGUGGUCAAGUUUGCCUACUCACCUGAGAGAGAUGACGAGCUGACCCUGGUCAAGGGCUCCAGGGUCAUCGUGAUGGAGAAGUGCAGCGAUGGCUGGUGGCGGGGCAGUCAGGCGGGCCGCGUGGGCUGGUUUCCUUCCAAUUACGUCCAGGAGGAGCUCGGAGGCGCGGGUGACAGAGGGGAGGGAGAUUCCUCACGAGCCUACCACGGAGGCUCCCAAGGAACUUUGCUGGCCAACGGGCGUGCAGGAGGCCGCGUCGAAGUGCUCCACUUGGUUCAGACACUCUACCCCUUCAGCUCUGUGACCGAGGAAGAGCUGAACUUUGAGAAGGGAGAGGUCAUGGAGGUGGUGGAGAAGCCUGAGAACGACCCGGAGUGGUGGAGGUGUAAGAACUCGCGUGGCAUGGUGGGCCUGGUACCUAAAAACUAUGUGACGGUGCUGGACGAGCUGCCAGAUCUUCCUUCCUCUACGUCAAGCUCGCCGCAGAAUCGCUUUGUGGCACCGGCACGCUCGGGGAAGUUCGUCGGGAGGGACUGGUACUACGGCAACGUCACCAGACACCAGGCCGAGUGUAUACUCAACGAGAGGGGAGAGGAGGGCGACUUCCUCGUACGAGACAGCGAGUCAUCGCCCAAUGAUUUCUCUGUGUCUCUGAAGGCGGCCGGUAAGAAUAAGCACUUUAAGGUGCAGCAGUCAGACGGAGUGUUCUGUAUCGGCCAGCGCAGGUUCAACUCCAUGGAUGAACUAGUGGAGCACUACAAGAAAGCCCCCAUCUUCACCAGCGAACAUGGAGAGAAGCUGUACCUGGUCAAAGCGCUGCUGUGAUUCACACAUCCUCACACCUACACUGGAUCUCUCUCUCUCUUACUCACACUCACA